GCGUUGCGCUCCGGGUGCACGGUCGCGCCGGCAGCGGCUCAGGCUCCGGCUCCUCUCCUGCUGCAGCAGCCGCGCUGCUGGCCCCACUGGGCUCGGAUCCGACCCCGGCCCCCUCGGCACCGCCUGCCCUGGCCCCGGCCCUGGCCCCGCGGACCAUGCGCUGGGCGCCCCCCGGGGAACCCGACCCGGCCAAGGGCCCGCAAAGACUAGGCUCCCGGGCCGGGGUCCCUCCCGGCCGCCCAGCUCUCGGCCGGCGCCCUGCCCCGCGUCCCGGAGCCGCGUGAGCCUGCGGGGCCAUGGAGCGCGCGCCGCCCGACGGGCCGCUGAACGCUUCGGGGGCGCUGGCGGGCGAGGCGGCGGCGGCGGGCGGGGCGCGCGGCUUCUCAGCAGCCUGGACCGCGGUGCUGGCCGCGCUCAUGGCGCUGCUCAUCGUGGCCACGGUGCUGGGCAACGCGCUGGUCAUGCUCGCCUUCGUGGCCGACUCGAGCCUCCGCACCCAGAACAACUUCUUCCUGCUCAACCUCGCCAUCUCCGACUUCCUCGUCGGUCCGUCUGGCCCCUGGCUGCAUGGUCCCACUGUGGCCCUACUCCCCACAGGCGCCUUCUGCAUCCCACUGUAUGUACCCUACGUGCUGACAGGCCGCUGGACCUUCGGCCGGGGCCUCUGCAAGCUGUGGCUGGUAGUGGACUACCUGCUGUGCACCUCCUCUGCCUUCAACAUCGUGCUCAUCAGCUACGACCGCUUCCUGUCGGUCACCCGAGCCGUCUCAUACCGGGCCCAGCAGGGUGACACGCGGCGGGCAGUGCGGAAGAUGCUGCUGGUGUGGGUGCUGGCCUUCCUGCUGUACGGGCCGGCCAUCCUGAGCUGGGAGCACCUGUCGGGGGGCAGCUCCAUCCCCGAGGGCCACUGCUAUGCCGAGUUCUUCUACAACUGGUACUUCCUCAUCACAGCUUCCACCCUGGAGUUCUUCACGCCCUUCCUCAGCGUCACCUUCUUUAACCUCAGCAUCUACCUGAACAUCCAGAGGCGCACCCGCCUCCGGCUGGAUGGGGCUCGAGAGGCAGCCGGCCCCGAGCCCCCUCCUGAAGCCCAGCCCUCACCACCCCCACCGCCUGGCUGCUGGGGCUGCUGGCAGAAGGGGCACGGGGAGGCCAUGCCGCUGCACAGGUAUGGGGUGGGUGAGGCGGCCACAGGCGCUGAGGCCGGGGAGGCAGCCCUCGGGGGUGGCGGUGGGGGCGGCUCCGCGGCUUCACCCACCUCCAGCUCUGGCAGCUCCUCGAGGGGCACUGAGAGGCCGCGCUCACUCAAGAGGGGCUCCAAGCCGUCGGCGUCCUCGGCCUCGCUGGAGAAGCGCAUGAAGAUGGUGUCCCAGAGCUUCACCCAGCGCUUUCGGCUGUCUCGGGACAGGAAAGUGGCCAAGUCGCUGGCCGUCAUCGUGAGCAUCUUUGGGCUCUGCUGGGCCCCGUACACGCUGCUGAUGAUCAUCCGGGCCGCCUGCCAUGGCCACUGCGUCCCUGACUACUGGUACGAAACCUCCUUCUGGCUCCUGUGGGCCAACUCGGCUGUCAACCCUGUCCUCUACCCGCUGUGCCACCACAGCUUCCGCCGGGCCUUCACCAAGCUGCUCUGCCCCCAGAAGCUCAAAAUCCAGCCCCACAGCUCCCUGGAGCACUGCUGGAAGUGAGUGGCCCACCAGAGCCUCCCUCAGCCACGCCUCUCUCAGCCCAGGUCUCCUGGGCAGCUGGCCCUGCUGCCCCCCACCGGCUCGUUCCCCCAGGGGUGAGCCCCGCCAUGUCUGUGGCCCUCUCUUAAUGCCACGGCAGCCUCUCUUAGGCCACCCACCCUGCCAUGGAGGCACCUUCCUGGGUUGGCCAGAGGGCCCCUCACUGGCUGGACUGGAGGCUGGGUGGCCGGCCCUGCCCCCCACGUUCUGGCUCCACCAGGAGGGACAGUCUGGAGGUCCCAGACAUGCUGCCCACCCCCUGCUGGUGUCCACCCUUCGCAGUUACUGGUUGGUGUUCUUCCCAAAGCAAGCACCUGGGUGUGCUCCAGGCCUCCUGCCCUAGCAGUUUGCCUCUGCACGUGCACACCCCUGCACACACCUGCACACCCCUGCACACCGUCCCUCUCCCCGGACAAGCCCAGGACACUGCCUUUGCUGCCUUCUGUCUCUUGCAUAAGCCUCAGGCCUGGCCCUUUCACCCCUCUUCCCACCAACUCUCUCUGCCCCCAAAAGUGUCAAGGGGCCCUAGGAACCUCGAAGCUGUUCUCUGCUUUUCCAUUCUGGGUGUUUUCAGAAAGAUGAAGAAGAAAACAUGUCUGUGAACUUGAUGUUCCUGGGAUGUUUAAUCAAGAGAGACAAAAUUGCUGAGGAGCUCAGGGCUGGAUUGGCAGGUGUGGGCUCCCACGCCCUCCUCCCUCCGCUAAGGCUUCCGGCUGAGCUGUGCCAGCUGCUUCUGCCCACCCCGCCUCUGGGCUCACACUGGCCCUGGUGGCCAAGCCUGCCCCGGCCACUCUGUUUGCUCAGCCAGGACCUCUGGGGGUUGUUGGGUGGAGGGGGCCCGGCCAGGCCCGAGGGUCCCGAGGCGUGCAGGGACGGUCCAGAGGAGGUGCCCGGGCAGGGGCCGCUUCGCCAUAUGCUGUGCACCCGUGCCACGCGCUCUGCAUGCUCCUCUGCCUGUGCCCGCUGCGCUGCCCUGCAAACCAUGAGGUCACAAUAAAGUGUAUUUUUUUAUUG